AUGAUUGUUGGAAAGAAUGGCGCCGGGAAGUCAAGCUUAUUAAGAAGAUUGUUAAAAGAAGAUACCAAGAAUGUAGAGAGCACAGAUGGUAUUGAUAUUGUUGUUCGCCGAUGCAAGAUCAACACAGAAACUGGUGAAUGGAUAAUCGACAAAAAUGGUGUUUCUGAUACUAAACAAGAGCGCAUUCAGAGAGUUAUAGACCAAACGUUAGAAAAUAAUUCAAAGGACACUGUAAGGGUUUCAAAAUCACCAACCCCCAAAUCAGGACCUGAUGAAGUUCAAACUAGAAAUGAGAUUGAAACAAUAAUCAGUGGAAUAAUUGAUCAUUCGGAACCAGAACCAAAACCAAAACCAGAACCAGAACCAGUUACAGCAACGGAAAAUAUAAAAAACAGGAAAACAGUCCUUGGACGACAAUUAGCCGAAGUUUUUGGAAAGCUUAACAAAUUCAAACACUUACAAAACAUAUAUUAUUUAUCCAAUAGAACGGACAAGGACGACGAAUUUGAAAAAUUACGAAAAGAAAUAUCAGAAACCGCAACGAAAAUGAACACAUGGGGAGAAUGUGUGCCGUUGAAAUGGAUUCUUUUAGAGCAUUUGAUUGAAGUUAAUAUGGAAAAAAAAAAGAAUUACAUUGAAUUUUCUGACAUGCGUGAGAUGGCUGCACAUUCUGAAAUUGGAAUAGAAGACUCGAAAGAAGUGUUAAGGUUUCUUUGUUUUCAGCAUGAGGUAGGAAACAUUAUAUAUUUUGAAGACAUACCAGAUUUGAUUAUUCUCAAUCCACAAUGGCUGGUAGAUGCCUUUCGAUGUUUAGUGUCGGAUAAAAUUGAUCCUACAGCGGGUUGGACAGAUUUUCUACAAAACGGUCUUCUAACUAAAAGUUUGAUAACCAAGCUUUUCGAAUCAAAAAGCGGAGACAAUUUUGUAGGAAAAACAAAAGAACUGCUUGAUAUAAUGUUAAAGUUUGAUAUAUUGGUCAAAACUAAUGAAAAAGAUAAAUAUGUAAUGCCAAGCAUGAUGCCGACUAAAUCAUUUGAAGAAGUAUACGAAACCAUUGGUGGUGACCAUCCAAAUUGUACAAGAACUUCUUGGUUUUGUCUCCAAUUUGAAUUUCUUCCACCAGCCUUCUUCAAUCAUUUUUCUGCUGGGUAUAUGAAAAAGUAUAAACCUACAAAAGUUAAUGAAGGAAAGUCGAUGGCAUUAUACCGAGGAAUUUGUGUUUUUGACGUUGAUAUCAUGGAUAAGUCUGAAUCUGAAAAGCUUUUGUUAACAAUGUCUGCAAAUAGAAUAGCUGUGCAGCUUUUAUCGUUUUCCGAAAAACAGAAGAACAUCGGAAACAUGUGUUGUACUAUUCGCAAAGAACUGAUUAGUAAAAUCAAAGACAUAGAAAAGAGGUAUAAGUUGAAAGUAUCUUAUAAAGAACAUUUUAAAUGCAGCACAGGCAAUUAUUAUGGAGAUACAAGGCCCUAUGAUUAUUUGAAAAGUGUAACCGUCUAUCACUGUGACGAGCAUAAAGGUGAACAUAAAUCGGAAGAGCUGUAUUUGCCAUGGAUGCCGGAUGAAGUUGAUGAUGAAAAGAAACUCAACGAUCAAAUUCAAAUAAGCAACAAGCAAGUGAAAGUGACUCCUGAAAUAGAUGUUGAAAAUGUCAGUGAUGACAGUUAUGUUGAACAACAGAAAAUAUUUAGAGAAGUAAUAGUAAAAGAAAGUCCCAGAAAAACUUUGAAUGUACAAAAUAACUUGUAA